AGGGAACUGUAGGGAGGGCCACUGGGCAUCCAGCCUCGCUCACACACUCUGCUGGCACUGCUCACUGCCACCGGCCAGUUAACAGGAUAUACUGUUCGUUUUGUGUUUGUCUACGGAUGGAAGGAUGAGCAUGUGCACAGCAGGGGAUCUUCAGUUGACCACUGGGAGAAAGAGAAGUGGAUGCUAACCUGACAGAAGAAACCCAGGGAUCUUCACAAAGCAUCAUUUUUUCAACCCUUGUUUUUUCCCUCUUGGAUUUUUGGUAGACUGUGUAACUUUCAGGGGUUAAUGAGGACGUCCUUCUGAAGCUGCUGACCAAAUAAGCAGCCAUGUCGACUGCUCAGGCAAUAAACCGCAGCGGUGUCUACAGCUACUUUCUCAAUAUGGUGGCCUAUCAGAUAUGCUGCUGCUGUGGUCCGGCUCCUUGCUCACUCUGCUGCUCCUUCUGUCCGCCCAUCAAAUCGUCUUCCAGCACACGGGUGAUGUACACUCUGUUCCACAUCCUGGCCUGCGCUGUCUCGUGCCUCAUGCUGUCUCGAACCGUCUCGGAGGCAGUGAGGGAGAAUGUGCCUUUCUUUAACGUGGUGUGUGACGAGGCCCACGGUGGUGGAGACUGCGAGAUGCUGGUGGGCUACUCCGCAGUCUACAGGGUCUGCUUUGGCACAGCCUGCUUCUACCUGAUGAUGGCUCUCUUUCUCAUUGACGUUAAGUCCAGCCAGGAUUUCCGAGCCCUCAUCCAUAACGGGUUCUGGUUUUUGAAGUUCAUCACGUUACUUGGGAUGGUUGCAGCUGCCUUCUUCAUCCCUACUGAGUCUUUCCUGCAUGCCUGGCACUAUGUCGGAGUAGUGGGAGGUUUUACCUUCAUCCUCAUUCAGCUCAUCCUCAUCACUGCUUUCGCACACACCUGGAAUAAGAACUGGUUAACCGGGGCAGCUGAAGAUAAGAGGUGGUAUGUGGCGGUCAUGUUUGCCACCCUUUUCUUCUACACCGUGGCCACCGCAGCCUUCACCUUCAUGUACAAGUACUACACACACCCGUCCGCGUGCCGAGUAAACAAAGCGCUGCUGUGGACCAACCUGGGCCUGUGUGCCAUCAUGAGCUUCAUUGCCGUCACCCCCUGCGUCCAGCAAAAGCAGCCUCGCUCAGGACUGCUGCAGGCUUCUAUCAUCAGCUGCUACGUCAUGUACCUGACCUUCUCUGCACUGUCCAGCCGUCCACCUGAGAAAGUGGAGUACCAGGGGGUCAACAUGACCGUGUGCUACCCUAAUGUGGGCAGAGACGAGAUCCAGAACGAAGGAAAUGCUGUCGCCAUCAUUGGCGCUGCUAUUAUGUACUGCUGUGUGCUGUUUGCAUGCAAUGAGGCUUCUUACCUGGCUGAGGUAUUUGGUCCAUUCUGGAUGAUCAAAGUUUAUCGUUAUGAGUUCCAGAAAGCCACGUGUUGUUUCUGCUGUCCUGAGGAAGAAGAUGCGGAGGAAGAGUUUGUGAUUGACGAUGAGAGUAAAGGCUGCCAGAAGGUGAUUCACAACGAGAGCCAUCGAGUGGCCUACAGCUACUUCUUCUUCCAUUUUGUUUUCUUCCUGGCCUCCCUCUACGUCAUGAUGACCCUCACAAAUUGGUUCAGCUAUGAGACAGCCGUGUUGGAGACCACCUUCACCCACGGCAGCUACUCCACCUUUUACGUGAAGCUGUCAUCUUGCUGGGCGUGCGUGGUGCUCUACCUGUGGCUCCUGCUGGGUCCUUUAUGCCACUGCCGUUCCGAUUCCAAGCGGCCACGGCGCUCUCGAAUCAAGCGGAGAAUGGCCUCCCAGCGUCAUGUCAGCGUCAUCGUGUGACCGUGGCUCAGGAUGCAGGGACUGCAGCAGAAGCUGUGAUGAGAGCUGAAGCCAAAAGGGAAGGACUUUUAUCUCAUCAAAGAAUAAACUGAGCCGAGAAGGACUCUAACGACAAGCACUCUGAUGCUCCUCCAUCAUAACCACAUAACCAAGGCUGGAUAAAUACCAGCAAAAAAAAGAAAAAACCUAAAAGGGACACUGGAACAAUGUAUGCUAUGUUUACGACUAUGAUGGCCUACCAUCAGGAGUGCGCUAUUAUUGCCAAAAGGAUCACAAAGGUGAACAAAAUGACUCACACGGGACUAAUCUCAGCUUUAGAAAACACAUUUCCAUCCACUGGAUUACUGUUUAGCACUCUAGAGAUUAGUUUAAACUAUACCAGGAUUAGAAAAAAAAACAAACAAAAAUAGAAUACUUAAUCUUUAACUUUAUUUAAAAAUGUCAUUAGCUAUUUAUGCUCUUUUUGUAAAUAGUGUCCUAUUACUUGUAUGUGCUGUCACUCUGUGAUCUGUGGCUAAUGUAUAAAGCAGCCAUAUGCUCCAGGGGAGGGUCCCUCACAUUCCUCUGCCCCUCAAACCAACCAGUCAGCUGCAGGGAGAGAGAGAGCUGUAAACUGUAAUGAUUUUACUAGACCAGAACUGAGCAACCUAACUCCUUUAUCUCUAAUUACAGGUCUAGCACAUUUUAUGUCAUUGUCUUCAAAGAUCAAGCUAUUUUUGUAAAUAUAUUUUUAACAAAACGCACAUAAUUGCUGUUUGUAUGCAAUUAUUUGAAGAAAGAGGAAAGGGGAGGUUCAGAGGGAAAAAAACAACCUCAUUAAAGAUUUCCUUUCUUUUCUUUUUCUCUGGGAGAAAAUUUUGUAGAUCUCUGAGAAGAAAUAAUAGUCCAUAAAGGGGAAUUCCACCACUGUUUUCAAAGUUUCUGCAGAAUUCAGACUCGUUACAUCAUCAUUACAGUGAUGGUAAUAGGAACCAGGGCUCAUUGCAAUGUCUGUAGCACAAAUAUAGCCAUUUUAUUUAGUAUCCAAAAUGACCAGUGAACCUAUAUGUGAGCUUUCUCCACUAUGAAUGUAUUUAAAAUGAUGUUUUAGGCUGAAAGCAUAUGAAAACUAUCAUAAAACAAAGUCAUGAGUUAGCAUAUUCGUAAUCAUUUCAUGUAACAACUUUCUCUGAUUGAGCUUUUAAAAGCAUUGCACAUUUCAGACGUCUGAGUUUUAUUAACAGCACUGUGAAUUCAGUUUAUAUAUAAUUGGGUAGUUUCUCUAGACCCCAGCAUUUCACAUCAAACCACUUUGAAUGACUUCACAUCUCUA